UUUGGCAACGCUGGAUCUAUUCUUGUUUAAAGGUAAAACAACCCAAAGCUUGGUUUAGUGAACACGAUGUUCGGAUAAAUACUUAUGAACUACAAGAUCAAAAGGAAAUGAAAAACUUCACAAUGCAAGUUGCAGGGCAAUUACUUGGGUUGGGGUCAAAUCUCUUAAAAUUCUUUGGAAUCAAGCAAAUAUAUGAUUUAAAGCUGGCCCAUGUCUAUGCCCAUGAGCUUCUGCUUUUGAUGUCUAAGACAAUAGCUACGUUUGAGAUGGAACAAUGUUAUCAAGGAUUAGUGAUUCCAGCAAUUAUCAACGCUGCUCAACGGGGGAUGAUGGAGUUUAUUGUUGAAAUCAUCAAACAUAAUCUAGAUUUAUUGAUUAUUAGUGACGUGGACGAUAGAAGCAUAUUCCACAUUGCAAUUGCACAUAGACAAGAAAAAGUUUUUAGCCUCAUAUAUGGGCUUGAUACUAUAAAGUAUAUUUUUCUUUCUUUCACUGAUGUGAACAACAAUAAUAUGUUACAUUUGGUAGGGAAACUAUCACCCCAAUCUCAGCUUAAGCUUCAACAAAUCUCAGGAGCAGCUCUGCAAAUGCAAAGAGAACUACAAUGGUUCAAGGAGGUGGAAAGCAUUAUACCAGCUGCGUAUAAAGAACAUAGAAAUUCUGAAGGGGAAACUCCUUAUGAAGCAUUUAAUCGAAGUCAUGCAGAAUUAUUGAAACAAGGGGAGAAAUGGAUGAAGGAUAUAGCGCAAUCCUCUACGGUUGUUGGCACUCUUAUCAUCACCAUUAUGUUUGCUUCUCUCUUUACUGUUCCCGGAGGCCUUAAUCAGAACACUGGUGUUCCCUUACUCUUAACAAAGAAAUUUUUUAAGCUAUUCAUAAUAUCGGAUGCUAUUUCUCUCUUUGCUUCGACCACUUCAGUGUUGAUGUUCGUUGGCAUCCUCACAUCACGAUAUACAGCAGAUGAUUUCCUAAAAUCCUUGCCCAACAAAUUGAUCAUCGGACUUUCCUCCCUCUUCAUCUCUAUUGCAACAAUGAUGGUAGCUUUUUCCUCAACUGUCAUUAUCAUGCUACAGGGCCAAUUAGAGAUUGUUAUUCCGAUCGUUUUGCUGGCUGGCAUACCAAUCGGUCUCUUUGUGUGGUUGCAGUUUCCACUUCUUGUUAAGAUUUCUAUCUCAACUUAUGGACCAGGGAUCUUUGAUAGGAAAAUGGAGAAAUGGGUCUAGUUAAUUAUAGGUAUAUUUAUGUUUUCUGAAGGAUGUGUCGAAUUGUGAUUGUAAGUGAUACUAAUUUUAUGUUUGGUGUCAAUUUUCAAAGACAUGGAUGGGGAGGAUUAAACUCCUCAACGCCCCCCUCUAUUUUCUGUUACAGUUUCCUGUUACCAAAACUUUGACGAGCUUGGAUUCUAAUAUAUCUCCCUCUUGGAUUGAAAAAAGGAUAAGAGAGUUUAUGAA